AUGUUUCAUAAAAAAAAAAAAACCUUUUUUUUAAUUUUUCUUUCACUUUUAUACGUGAGUAGUAUAUAUGGGAAAGUCAAUAUCUCGAACACUUCAAAAAAAAAUGCAAAUGAAAAGUCAUGUAAAAAGGAAGAAGAUAAUAAUAAAAAAUUAGAUUCAUCAAAAUUAGACAAUCCAAAAAUAUCAAAUCCUAAUGUAGAUAAGUCUAAAUUGCUCAUUUUUUAUAAUGAUAAUAAUGCAAAAAAUAUGAAUAAAAAACCUACUAAAAAAUCAUCAUCUUCAGUUUUAAUAAAUAGUAAUUCAGAAAAAAAAAUUACAGAAAAACCUGAAAAAUUGAACUCAUCAAAAAAUACAAAUAAAACAAAAAGUACAUCUAAUACAAAUAGUACAAAUGAAAAUAACGAUGUUUCAAGUGAUCCAAAAAAAAAAAAGUCUAUUAUUUCAAAAAUUAAGAAUUUUUUCAAGAAAAAGAAAGAACCAGAACCAUAUCCCAAAACACUCAUGGAAUAUAUAAAACAAAAAAAUAAAAAAAUCCUUCAACUAGAACUUCAUAAACAGAAGAAAAAAUCGUCGCGUGUAGUAUAUGCCAUUCUUUUUUAUAGUACGUUAUCAUUACUGUUGUAUUUAAUACUUGCCCCAGGUAUUUUUCAUAUAAUUAGAAGUGAAAAUUACAAAAAAAUUAUUUUAAAACAAUAUAAAGAAAAUAAAGAAAGGAGAAUUGUUCCUUAUGAUUAUGAUUUUGGAGAUGAAAUUCCUUUUAAAAAAGGAGGAGGUGGUUUUUAUUAUAAAGAUUUUUCAGAGUACUAUGAUCCAGAAAGAAAAGUUCCUAAUUAUGUUUAUGGUUAUUACGCUGGAAUUCCUUACGUUUUAUGUAGAUUAGAUUCAUUUAUUGAUCCCUAA